UUGCGGAUAUCUGAGAUUUUAGAAGAGAAGAAGGAGGCAAAGUCAUCAGGGGAGAUAGAGGAGGGAGGAGGAGGGGGGAGGGUUUAGGAGGGAGGAGAAGGUAGAGAAUAGUUUACGUGGGUUGUUAGUGGAGGCUUGGAUUACAGAUUGGAAAUAAGUACAUUUAGCAGUGGAGAGAGUAGAGGAGAAGGAGGAGAGGAGAGUGCGGUAAAGGUCUAGGGCAGCAGGGAGUUUGGUUCCCUUCCAUUUCUUUUCAGCAGAUCGCAGUGUGAUUCUUGCCGAGCGGAGCGCAGAGGAGAGCCAGGGAUGGGGAGUCAUCUGAUGAUUCCCCGAGUACACUUUGUAGUGUUAUUUAUUUGUGCUGCGGCUGUCAUACCUCGAGGUUAGAAAUAACCAAAUAACCGAGCGGGGUGAGCCUCCGACACUCCUCUGGUAAAGAACGCAGCAUAACCAAUGAAAUCGUAUCUCGUGCUGUCAGGACGCCGGAAUAUUAGCUGAUCUUGAAGCGGAGUUCCACACUAGAAAAUACAGACCACAGAAAGUCUGCUGAGUGAACGCUGUGGACAAACUGAAGAGAUGCAGACGGAGCGUGCAAAGAGGAUGGACUCUGCAGGAGAAGAAGCGUCCCUGAAUUCACCUGAGCUGCCCUGGAACCAGCUCUAUUUGAAGAGAAGGACCGAGUCCAGGAUCCAGUUAAGGAGGAGAGUGUGCUUCACUGGCCCUGCUGCUGCUGCUGUUACCGGGGUAUUGGCAAUCCUCAUACUGGCUGCUGGCAGUGUGAGCAGCGACAGUGAGAAUGUGAAAGUCUCGCGCUCAGUGAACUGUACUGAGGGGCAGGCCUGUAUCCUGAGCUGCUCUUUCAACUACACAGCUGGAGGCUGGGAUGAGAAGUCAGGUGUGAUCUGGAGAAGAGCAGAAACUCACAGCAUCGUUCACAGGAUCCGCAACAACACGGAUCAGCUUGCCGAUCAGUUCCCUCAGUAUGUGAACAGGACCAGCCUGUUUGAUUCUGAGCUGAAGCGCGGGAACGCUUCACUGCUGCUGAGGAGAGUCAGGGAGAAAGAUGCUGGAAAAUACGAGUGCUCUGUUUACACUCUUAGACUGUACGGGUCGGGCCUGACUGAGGUAGUCGUGGUUCCGGCUCAACCCACAACAGCACCAGCUCAUGUGACAGUCCCAAGCUUAGUAAAGUGUACUGAGGGGCAGGACUGUAUCCUGAGCUGCUCUUUCAACUACACAGCUGGAGGUUGGGAUGAGAAGUCAGGUGUGAUCUGGAGAAAAGCAGAAACAGACCACAUCAUUCACGGUUACCAUGACAACAGGGACCAGUUUGCCGAUCAACUCCCUCAGUAUGUGAACAGGACCAGCCUGUUUGAUUCUGAGCUGCAGCGUGGGAACGCUUCACUGCUGCUGAGGAGAGUCAGGGAGGAAGAUGCUGGAGAAUACGAGUGCUUCGUUUCCACUCCUAGACUGUCCGGGUCGGGCCUGACUGAGGUAGUCGUGGUUCGGGCUCAACGACACCACUGGUGGGGUUUAGGAGCAGUUCUUCUUUGUGUGAUUUCGUGUCUCUGUGUCGGUCUGUGGCUGUACAAAAACACGCAGGUUGCUGCUGGAAGUCCAACAAGGCUUCUAGUCCAGCACAGGCAGUGCCGUUAUCAGACGUGAUCGAGGAGCCCAGUGAAGUCUGACCGCUCCCCUGCACUGCUCAAUAUACCCAGUUUAAUACAAGCUCCCAAAACAAAAUAGUCACUUUUGAAUUAGGAAACGUGAUCAAUGUUGAAGAGAAAUUUAAAAAAUCCCAUUGUUUCCAAGUCAAUUGAACUAUAAUCUGUACUCUCGUUGUCUUUGCACGAUAUCAGAACAAUCCAGCAAAGAGAUACAGUAGUUUAUUCAAAAUGACAUUAACCUCUUCAUCUCCAGGAUGCACAUCAAAGGAAAGAGCACUUGAAGUACCACGCCCUGCCUGCGGACGUCAAGGUUUGCCGUCUGUUUUCUGGGGUUUUUAUUUUCAAUCUGAUCUCUUUGUAUUCAUGCUCUGAGGCAGGGUUAGUCGGGGAGGAGAGAUGGAAAUCAUCAGGUGACUUUAUUAUCCAGUUGUGUUCCGUGCACAAAUCCCUCUCUAUCUGUGAAGACAUUGACAAGAGCUGAAGACAAGCAACGAUCUCAAGUAUAUACAGAGUAUUUCAUUGUAUUAUUUCUGCAGUUUUGCUUGUCUACCUUUUAUUUUAUAUUCAUAUUUGAUUGCAAAAAAAUAUAUGGCAGCUUACAUGGAUUGUGAGAAGAGGAGCGCUGAAGAGUUUGAGCCGUGUUCGGAGGAUUUCUGAAAGCAGCGACAGCACUUGGAGUAUCUUUUACAGUGCUGGGACAAAAUACUGUGAAGCCAGAAAUACUUGCAACCAAAAGAUUUGGUGAAUCACUCCCAUAAAACCUAUUUUACUCCAGGGGGGAGGAAGUGUGGACCUUGAGUCCAUAUGUAGAAGCUGUAGCACGUUUGCGCUUUUGUUGUUUUUAAAUAUUGAAAACUACUUACCUCAAACUAUGUUCUCUUUUAGCAUGCUUGCACACUCUCUGUGUUUCUGGAUACUGCACUUUGUUUUGGAUUUGUUUAAAUUACUACUGCUUUGCACACAACACUGCCAUAGGAAGUGACUUGAAGUUUUGUGAUAGUCUGUGGGACAACACCGCUCAGCGCUGUGACAAGGCACCUGACUCUUUAAGAGCUAGUCAUUUUUUGUGUAGAGAAGGAUGUGGUUGCUGUGUGGGCUUGUUAGAAAAAGUAUUUUUUUAAUCUACUGCUCGGGGAGUGGAGGGUAUACACAACUCAGGAAAGAAAUCUAUAUAAAAAAUCAGAAUCAAUUCUACAAUUAUCUCCUUUAGCGGAGUUUGAAAUUCACCUUUGUGAAUAUUAAUAGAGAUUUAUUGAAGUCUUUAUAUCCAGGCUGUGGAUUCCUGGCCACUGUCUCACCAAGCUGUUCCUGCUUUACCCUGGGAUUGAGAAGGAUCAUUUCUCCGAGCUGCCUUUCCAUUUGGAAAUGGUUUUUGUUGGAAGGAUUUUUCCAAACCCAGGUGGUUCUGUGGCUUCACCGCUUCCUGAACGCUGGGUGAGAUCUGGGUGCUCAGAUUUAUUUGUAUUUUUGUUAUUAUUUGUUUUUUUUCUGAUUUCUUUUAGCCUGCAGAUGGCGCUGUUGUCUGUGGCCUGGCUACCACCUAUGGUACACAAUAUGGUGCAGGUGCUCAAAGAAUAAUGAAAACGAAAAGGCAAAAAGAAAAAGGGAAAAUAAAACACAAUAAUGAAAACUACAAAAUAAAGGUGCUGCACUCCAGCGGGUUUUCCUCAAUUGUCGCUACCCGUACGACCCGGGUCUCCGUCCUACACUCUGCUGUUCCCUCAGCUAUUUCUAGACACUAUCGGGGUCUGCCCAAGGAUUCCCCGCUCUCUCUCUCUAUUUCUUUAGUUUCUUCUCUUUCAGUUUCUUUUGUUUUCUGUCCCCUCCGUCCACAGUCUUGCUGAGCAGCGUGACCGUUUGCUCGUUGUUAGGUCUAAAGGGGCAGAUCUGAGGAAACACCAAAGUAUUAAUGUAUAGGUCCAGCAAGCCCCGCCUCCCAGCCACUCAGAGAGCAAGAAAGCCCACACACCCUCUUCCACGCCUCUCACCUCCCUGCCAUGACUGACAGACAGGUCCCACGGGACUGCCGCCUCUUCCUGCAGCACUGUGCAUACGUCAGACAGCCAGUCCAGGUCUCCCCUGUUACAGCAUUACAUAAUGAAACUUGAAUAUUUCUAUUAUGUAUAUAAAACAUUUAUUUUACUGUAUACAUUUUGCUAACUAAUAUAUAUGUUUUGUUAUGCAAAAAUAAAAUUGAAAAAAAGAUCAAUCUUUUGUGCCUGUCUUGCUUUAUUGAA